AUGUUUAGACGUACCCUUACCUUCGUUCCAAGAAUUAGACAAUCUUUAAGGUUCAACAGUACAGAGGCUUAUACAGCAGCUAUUACCAACCUUAAGAAGGAUCUAAAGACAUCAAUGAUUAACAAAAAUGAUCUUGAAAAGAACACUAUUAAAGGUUUACUAUCUGAAAUAAAGAAUAUGGAAAUUGAUAACAAGGGUAACCAUAACGAUGAGUUUCUGUUGUUUGAUACAUAUUCAAAAUUAAUACAUCAAAGACAUGAUUCGAUUGAGAAUUAUCUCGCCAACAAUAGAGAAGAUAUGGCUAACAAAGAGAAACAAGAGGUCGAAAUUAUAAAAAAAUAUCAAAACCUGUUGCCUGUUGCUACCCAGGAAGAAAUCGAUGAAAAGGUUAUUGAGUUGUUAAGAUUUAUUAAAAAAGAAGAGCCAAAUUUACAAUUAAAGCAAGUAUUUGGUAAAGUUAAUUGGAAGACUACUUCUGAACAAUGGAAAGCCUCACCAAAAUCUAUAAGAAGUAGUAUUGUUACUAAUUUUAAGUCCAUAUCUCAAUGA